AUGUGGUCUAACAAGCAGGGCGAGUCGCUGGGUCUUUUCCCGGGCCGCAAGACGCUCGGCCCGCUGCUCCUCAUGACGGUGACGCCCCCGGCCGCCACACUCAUCACGCACGUCUUCGUGGAGCACGGCGGCUCUGUCGGCUCCUUCCUCGCUGCUGGCAAGUCGCUGUACGAGAUCUGGCCAACGCCGUGGGACCCAACGGCCUGGAAGCUCAUCGGUAGCUUCAUGGCCACGCAGCUUGUGCUCAUGCGCGCGGUGCCCGGCAAGACGUCGUACGGGCCCGUGACCCCUGGCGGCAAUGUGCCCGAGUACAAGAGCAACGGCUUCCAGUGCUUCACGCUGAGUCUGGCGCUGUUCCUGGCCGGCGCCUUCGUGUUCGAGCUCUAUCCGGGCGGGAUCGUGUACGACUUCAUGCCCGAGAUCAUAUCGGCACUCAACGUCUUCAGCUUCAUCUUCUGCCUCUUCCUGUACGCCAAGGGCGCAUUCCUGUGGCAGUCGUCGAGCGACGCUGGCACGUCGGGCAACCCCGUCUUCGACUUCUACUGGGGCACUGAGUUGUACCCGCGUGUGCUGGGCUGGGACGUCAAGCUCUUCACCAAUUGCCGCUGUGGACUCAUGUUCUGGGCGGUGGGUGUGCUCUCGUAUGCCUGCAAGCAGCGCGAGAUGUACGGGUACCUGAGCGACUCAAUGGCCGUGAGUGUGGCGCUGCAGCUCGUAUACGUGGCCAAGUUUUUCUGGUGGGAGGCCGGCUACAUGUGCAGCAUCGACAUCAUGCACGACCGCGCCGGGUACUACCUUUGCUGGGGCUGCCUGGUGUGGGUGCCCUCCGUCUACACGUCGCCAGCCAUGUACCUGGUGCAGAACCCCAUCAGUCUGGGAACGCCGCUGGCGCUCGCCAUCUUCACCACGGGCGUCCUCAUGGUUGGGAUCAACUACGACGCUGACCGCCAGCGUCAGGGCUUCCGCGCGGCCAAGGGCAAGACGAACGUGUGGGGGCGUCCGGCCCAGUUCAUCGUGGCGCGCUAUGAGACGGAGAAGGGAGAGAAGAAGCAGAGUUUGCUGCUCGCGUCGGGCUGGUGGGGGUUGGCGCGCCACUUCCACUACGUGCCGGAGGUGCUGGGCGCCCUGUGCUGGACGCUCCCGGCGCUGGCGUCCAGCCCGGCGCCAUACUUCUACUGCAUCUUCCUUGCUGUCCUGCUCACCGACCGCGCCUACCGCGACGACGCCCGCUGCGCGCACAAGUACCGCCAGGACUGGAAGAAGUACUGCGAGCGCGUGCCUUCGCUCAUCCUGCCGGGACUGCUCUGA